CCUCUAAUCCCUUUAUCCCUGUCAGGGUGACAGCAGAGUCUCUCGGGCUGGAAAAAAAAGCGUCCGGCGGCGAGGAAACGCUCUGUCCCGCUCAUUUCACUCGUUUUUCUCUCUGGACUUUGACCCGCCGGGUUUAAAGGGGCAGGGGGGGGGCCUUUCUCUGUUUCCAUGACAAUGAGUUUGAUGGGCGGCUGGUGGGUCUAGGUUGUGUAACCAAGGGUGACGGAUUACCGGCUGACAGGAAGCCAGAGGAAGCUCUUCCAUGUCGGCCAAGAUCGCUCCGUUAGACCCCGACUCCCCCGACCCCGCGCUAACUCCGCCCACCAUCGUUCUGCAGGACAUGGAGGAGGGGCCAGCAGAAGCAGGGGAGGGGGACGGGUUUGGCCAGAGAGCCGGACCAGGAGCUUUGUUCAACGUUAACAACAGCAACAACAACGACGACGAAAAGAAGGAUGAGAAGGAGGAGAAGAAGGAGAAGAAGAAGAAGAAGAAGAAAAAGGAGGAGGAGAAAAAAGAGAAGCAGGAGAGGAAGGAGAGGAAGGAGAAGAAGCGGAAAGAGAAGGAGGAGAAGGAGAAGGAGAAGGAGAAGGAAAAGGAGAAGGAGAAAGCCAAAGAGGAGGCUCCCAAGUUGAUUACGGCGAUUGACCCAGCAGGUAACACCUACUAUUACUGGCUGGGCAUCAUCACCAUGCCUGUCAUGUACAACUGGACCCUGAUUAUCGCCAGGGCGUGCUUCGAGGAGCUGCAGACAGAUUAUUUGAUGUACUGGUUCUUUGUUGACCUUUUCUGUGACUUCGUCUACAUCGCUGACAUGAUCUUCAGAACCAGGACCGGCUACCUGGAGCAGGGUCUGCUGGUGAACGAUGAGAAGAAGCUGCGUGAGCGCUACGUGAAGAGCGUCCAGUUCAAACUGGACCUGGUCUCCAUGAUUCCCACCGACCUGUUCUACCUGUACGUCGGCGUCAAGUACCCCGAGAUCCGCCUCAACAAGCUGUUCAGGUUCAACAGGAUGCUGGAGUUCUUCCAGCGGACGGAGACGAGGACGAGCUAUCCCAACGUCCUGCGUAUCUCCAACCUUGUCAUGUACAUCGUCAUCAUCAUCCACUGGAACGCCUGCCUCUACUACUCCUUCUCCAAGGCCAUCGGUUUCGGCUCCGACAGGUUCGUGUACCCCGACCCGUCGGACCCAGAGUUUGGUCGGCUGGUGAGGAAAUACGCCUACAGCAUGUACUGGUCCACGCUGACACUCACCACCAUCGGAGAGACCCCGCCCCCCCAGGAGAACUCCGAGUACUUCUUCGUCGUCACUGAUUUCCUGGUGGGUGUGCUGAUUUUUGCCACCAUCGUCGGUAACGUCGGCUCCAUGAUCACCAACAUGAACGCAGCCCGAGCCGACUUCCAGGCCCGCAUCGACGCCAUCAAGCAGUACAUGAGCUUCCGAAAGGUGACCAAGGACCUGGAGAAGCGAGUCAUCAAGUGGUUCGACUACCUGUGGACCAACAAGAAGGCUGUGGACGAGAGGGAGGUGCUCAAGUUCCUGCCUGACAAGUUGAGGGCCGAGAUCGCCAUCAACGUCCACCUGGACACGCUGAAGAAGGUGCGUAUCUUUGCUGACUGCGAGGCCGGCCUCCUGGUGGAGUUGGUGUUGAAGCUGCAGCCUCAGGUGUACAGUCCAGGCGACUACAUCUGUAAGAAGGGUGACAUCGGCAGAGAGAUGUACAUCAUCAAGGAGGGGAAGCUGGCCGUCGUCGCCGACGAUGGGAUCAAGCAGUUCGUCGUCCUUAGCGACGGCAGCUACUUUGGCGAGAUCAGCAUCCUCGCUAUUAAAGGAAGUAAAGCGGGAAACAGGAGGACCGCCAACAUCAGGAGCAUCGGCUACUCGGACCUCUUCUGUCUCUCCAAAGACGACCUGAUGGAGGCGCUGACAGAGUAUCCGGAUGCCAAGGCCAUGCUGGAGGAGAAGGGGCGGCAGAUCCUGAUGAAGGACGGUCUGCUGGACCUGGAGGUGGCGGCGCAGGGCCCCGACCCCAAAGACAUGGAGGAGAAGGUGCAGCGGAUGACCAGCACGCUGGACAUCCUGCAGACCCGCUACGCCCGGCUGCUGGCCGAGCACGAGGCCUCGCAGAGCAAACUGAAGCACCGAGUCGUCCGGCUGGAGAAGAAGCUGGUGCCGCCGGCAGACGGCGAAUCAGCAACAUAGGAAGAGAAGAAGAAGUAGAGCCAAGAGGAACACGUGGGAGCAGCGGGAUGGGGGCGUUUGUUUUUCAAGCCUGGGUUAGCUGGGUUUGUUUGGGAUCAGUUCACUUUCACGGCAUACGGUUGUUUGGUCGAACCUUUACCUGAAGAUCAGAGCGACGCAUCACAGCCACGUCAGGAGCUCGCUCGCUUUUCAUCCAAUAAAAUCAUCAGACAGACGCCGGAAAAAUACAUUUGAUUUUACUUUAACAAUCUGCAACAUUUCCAUCCAAAAAAAAAAAAAAAAAAAAAAAGAUGAUCCAAGUUACAUUUAGUUCAUGAAUCCUCUUCAUCAUCUGUUCCUCGGUGGCUGAACAGACGAGGAAGAGAAACUCAAACUCCAUUGACGGGAAAUCCCAGGAGACUCUGAGACAAAAACAUCGAUGUCGUGACGAGGGAGAAUGAGAAGCGAUGAAGACGUGGCUGUUUUUCCUCUGGAUUAUGGUUUACACACAUCAUCCUCGUUAUGACGCUGAGAGGAAACACAGCUGAGCAGUUUAUCACCAAAAUGAAGAAAAAACAAGAAUCUCAUGGAAGCUUAGAUUUGACUGCAAACUGAAAUUCAAAUCUGUGGGGUUAUUUUGUCUUAUUUCAUGUCAGAAUUGCAUUAAAAAAUUAUUCUGGAAAUGCUGAAAUUAAUGCAAUUAUACAAUCACAAAAUGUUUAAAAAAUGAAAAAAAAAAAAAAAUUACUUUGCAAGUGUUUUUUUUUUUCCUCCAACAUUGUGAUUUUUGGCAGGAAAGCCUAAUAUCAAUCACAUUUAAUACUAAGCAAAGACAAAAAGGUUUCACGACGACCGCUUUAAUUUAUGCAAAUCACUAUUAUUAUUAUUAUGAUUAACUAUAAUCAACAUUAUUGUCUUUGUAAGAUUAUGAAAUUCCUGCUCAAAUGGAUUUCAGCACCUGCGUUUUGUUUUUUCUUUUAUUUUCUCAUCGUGUUGAUUCAUAAUUACAGCGACGCCUUCUGAGCGCCGCCUCAGGUAAAGUCCAACCGAGAGAUUUCCUUCAUGUGGAAGCCGAGGAUGAAAAGUCUGGAAAGAAGCAGAGGACGAGCGAGCUUCACAGAGAGAGAGAGAGAGAGAGAGAGAGAGAGUAACGUGUUAAAACUGUACAACUCUGUAAUUAUAAUGUAAUAUUGUGUAAAAUAAGACGCACUGCGUGUAGCAGGGACAGGAAGUUCCUCUGGAUGGUUUUAUUAUUUUACAGCAACAAACCGGGAAGUUUAUCGAGUCUGAGCGGAGAUUUCAUACGAAUACACACCCUGAGGUGUGACGGCUGGUUUGGACCUGACAAGUUAACAUCGAAAAAAAAAAUGUUUUGUCUUGUUAUUUUUUAAUUGUGGUCAAAAUUGAGUAAACAAAACACCACUUCCUAAAGCAAAGUUUAAAAAUAUACAUAUUUAAAUACCAUUUUAAAUUAUAAAUCAUAUUUAUAUCAGCACUAAAAAAGGAAAUAUUUUGAAAUUGUACAUUAUAUUCAAUAUCAUCAUAAUGUUUUGUCAGGAAACCACCAUCAUGCCGCCUGUGUGUAUAUUGUGUGCGUGUGUGUGUGUGUUUGCGGGUGUGUGUGUGUGUGUGUGUGUGUGUGUGUGUGUGUGAGCUCGGUCCGCAGGCUUGACCCCUGGAGAAACUUUAAGAGGACAGAGGAGGCCAGAGGGGGCGCUGUUGUUGUACACUAAAUCAGGACUGAGUCUGUAUUUAAAAAAAAAGGAAUUAGCUGCUUUUAGCUGUGAAACAACCAGGAAGUCCACGCUCAGCGCUGCCGCCACCGCCGUCCGGCGUCUGGAUUUUCCAUGACGCUGCUGACAAACUUUUUUUUUUGUUUUUGUUUUGUUUAGUGGACUUCCUGUCAGGUGUAACAGCUCUCUAGAAAAAUAUCAACCAAAUAAUUUUCAGUUGCUGAAGCGCCGCAAUAAAGAUAUUUUAUAAGGAA